CGGUGUUGCGUAGGAACUCGAUCAGAAUACUAAUAUACAAAUGCGUAUAGUUAUCGAACUCGUCUGCUGUUACAUUUUUAGGAAAGAAUACUGUGUGUGUUCUAUCCAUGUCAACGUAGGAGAACGGAAAGGGCAAAUUCUGUGAGUGGAGGUAUGAGUGUCUGAUUCAUAUUCAUGGGACACGUUUUUAUUGGUUUGAAGGAAGUUAAUCCAUGUCCCUUGGGGAUGACCUGGGUCAACCUGAUACAGGAUUGGUUUGAUUUAAAAUUCCCUUGUUGGGGGCGGGCCAACGUACAGCGCCUGUCCACGGCCAACUCAAGAACUACGGGAGCUUCGACCGCCGUGUCAACCUUCACAUCAAGGAAACAAAUGCCUGAUACCCAAAAUGAGAAUGGCUUUUUGGCAAGACGAUUUGGUUAACCCAAUGCAGAGAUUAUCAGCCAUUUAUGAUCUCUGUAAAUGUACUGAUCUCACCAUCAUCUUUCCGGGCUAUAAGCAAUCGCUGAAGGUGCAUCGACUCAUACUGGCCAUGAGCUCGCCUGUAUUUGAAGUGAUGCUGUACGGGCCUAUGGCAGAGAAAGGAGAUCUUAUAUUGCCCGAAGAUUCGCCCGAGGUAUUUGCCUAUCUUAUUGAGUAUAUCUACAAAUGCAAGCACCCCAUAGGUGAUGUUGAUACAACCAUUGAGUUGUAUCAUCUUGCCAACAAAUACCAGAUGUGUCACCUUUGUCGCUUGUGUUCAGAUAAACUUCAGAGUAGUAUAACUAUGGACAAUUUAUCCAUGAUGUACGAAAUGUCCUUCCUGUUUGAGGAUUCAUCACUGAAAGAAAAAUGUAGGAAAUUUGCAGGAAACUUCUCAGUUGAGCUUCUGACUUCUCCGUGCCUGGGCCAACUCUCAUUGCAGUGCAUGAAGGACCUUCUACAACAGAAGCUGUCUGUGGAUGAAGUUUUUGUUUACAAAGGACUCUUGCAAUGGGGAGCAUCACAGAUCAAAAAUCCUCCAAGAAUCACUAGAAGCCAGAAAGGCCUUCGUCAGAAGAUUGCAGCACUGUUGCCUUACAUUAGGUUUCUAACGCUACCUCUUAAGGAUUUUGAGCAGCAUGUGUUGCCAUCAAGAAUUCUCACGACAGAAGAGGGAAAUGCGAUCUUGAAGAACAUUAUUAAACUUUCUGGAGAUAUCUUGCUGCUAGCUGUCUGCAGUCCUGAGCGAGAGAAAAGGAUCUUCUACAGCCUAGAUCAAUAUCAUGAAAUCACUCUCAGUAUAGGAGACUGGGUUUAUGAAGAACCCAGUAAAAUUACUCGUAAUAACAGGGAAUGCGGGAGUGAUGAAGACGAUGAUGACUAUGACAGUUCAGAAGUAUAUGCCAUGGCUAUAGAAGAAGGCAGGAGUUAUAAUGAAGACACCAGUGGAAGUGGAAGUGAUGAUGGCUCUUCAAGCAAAUGGAUUUGUAGUGAACGUGGCUCAACUGAAAUUGUGAGUAGUGUGAAAAUCACUAAGGAGAUUCAUGUGGGUUGUAUUAAAGGGAAGAUUUUUGAUGGAGGCAUUUACCGGUUAGAUCAAGCAAAGGUACAUUUAGUGAUAAAAGGUUCCUCUGGUGACACAGUAAGAAAACUUAGAGUCAACAUGGAGCCCAAAAAUUAUCAAAUCACAUUUUCUGCUGCUUGUAAAAGUCCAUUAAUACUGUCGCCCAGUGAUGUGUACUCCAUUGUAUUGAAAUGGUCAUCCUGUACUAGAUACACAGCUAAUGCAUUGUCAGAAUUGAGUAAAAAGGAGCAAGAGAAAGUUUCUAUUUCAUAUGGAGCUUUAAGCAUAGAAGGAUGUAUGAUUGAUUUAGAAAUACUUGUUGACUUUUGGUGCUUCCGGAGGUUAUUUUGUUACUAGCAAUGAUGUGUGUUAUUUCGAAGCUGUAUUAAGUUUUCUAUUUAAUGGGCAAUUUUUUCAGCCGAGUGGUUAUUUUUAUCAUUGACAUGGAAUUGGUUAUUACAUGUAGUAAUGAUAAAAAUCAUUGUGAUUAUAUAAGAACGUUUACUGGUUAACAUGGGUGGCUUCUUGUUACCUGACAUUUUAGCAGUUAAAAGCUUGAAACUAUUAGAUUGCAAUCUUUAGUAUUACUCUGUAUUGGAUUGACCUAAUGGUUUAAUAUUUUGUGGCUUUAUUCCUUUAAUAUCAAGUUUAACAUUGUUUCAUGUAUUCUUGCCAUUGGUUGUAUUUGAUGGCUUACAUGAUAUACCCUCCCCAUCUUAACAGAUAAAUAUUUAAAAGAAAUAUGUGUACUUAUGGGGAAGCUUUAAUGUUUGAAAUGUAACAGUACAACAAAAAAGAACAUGGACAAAACUAGUAAUGAAAACACCCAUAAAAUAAUGAUACAACUGUAAUUCACAAGAGAAAACAAGAAAGCAAAAGCUAUUUAAGCAUAGCAGAAAUUUUUUUGUAAAGUCAAGCUAUUAGUGGCGAUAAAAAUAAUGGUAAAUCAAAUCAGACAGGACAUUCAUUCUUUUAGAUAUAAAAUAUAUCAUAAGCAGAAGUGAAAUAUUACAAAAAAAAAAUAAAUACUAGUAGUAAUUGAAUUACCCACUGUCAAACUUUCUUGUGCGCUAACAAUGUACUUUAUAAUGCAACAACUUUGAAAGUGCCAGGCAAGAGUAAUGUGUUUAAUUUUCUUACCCCUUGUUACUGAAGAUCAUGAUUUUAUACUUUUAUGAUGUAUAUUUUUCUAUGAAAUAAACAAACUUAAGCAAAAAAUGUGACAUUCUCCCUAAGCAGAAAAGUGUGACAAUCUCCCGAAGUGGAAAAGUCUGCAAUCUCACUAAGUCACUGACAUAUUUCAUGUUUAAACAGAUGACACUUCAGUGAUUUGUCAAGGGUUGUUGAUAUUACUAUUGCAGUUCUUGGUUAAGCUGGCCUUAUGCCAGCGUGGCCCCUUGCUCCUGGAGUAGCCUGUAAACAUCUAGGGAUGGGUAUUUAUGCACUUUGGAAAGUUUUCUGGGAAAUAAAUCAUAAAAAUGCAAUAGAAAACAAAAGAGAGACAAAGGGAAAGGAGAGACAGAGAAGGAAUGGGGAAUGAAAUGGUAAAAAGAGGAGUAGACUGAACACCACAGGGAAGGAAGAACUAUGAUAAUAGAGGGAGACAUUUUUGUGCCAGAAUCAAUUCCAACAAGUUUCUCUAGGGUGUGUUUGUGAAAUAUGGGUGGCCCCAUAGAGGCAGCUACUUUUAGUAAUCAAGUACAUGUGAUGGAAUGUAGAAGGAAAUAAAGCAAAUAGGGAAAUGAAAGGUAGAAUGUCAAACUGAAGUAAUAUGAACAAGGAAAACUUGGCUCAAUUAGUGCAGGAUGCUUGUAGAUGUUCUUGCAUGACUGGAAAAAGAAGGAGAAAAAUGAAAUAGUGAAGAGGAAAGAAGAGAAACUCUUGCUAAAAAGACCAAAAAGUUAUUAAAUAAAGAGAAAAUACUUUGUAUGAUAACACCGCAAAAAUAAUCCUGAUUAAUAGAACUAGACUUGGCUAAAAUUCUAUGUUGGAAAUGAUAACUGUAAAUAUAGAAAAAAAUUUCCUUGCGUUGACCAUAUAAAAUUUAUGGAAACAGAUUCAGAUUCUUGCAAAAGCUGAAUCAUGGCGGAAUUUAUUAAAAGCAUAUGUAACCACAAAGAAAAUAAACGAGCCCAGUCAAAAGUUUUAAAAGGAAACAUGAAAGAGGAAGAGAGCCGUUUCAUAGAAUGGUCAUGCUAAUACUACUACUACUAUUCUGUAAUCUGUAUACAAAAAUAAAAUUAGCAAGUUGCUGGGCCGAUCUCACAGUUUUCAAGCACUUCGAAGUGUAACUUGUCGCGACCGACGAAUAACAUCAACUUCUCAUGACCCUUGGAACAUUCAUCAAGAUGGUGUGUCUGCCUUUCUUUUGGGAGAGGAUCCAGUCUACACUUCAGGGGUUCUGUUAUGACUCAAAAGGGACCGUUGGUUCAUAAUAGAUCCCCCAAAGGACCCAAAGGUCCUUUUUCAGAGCCCCUACAUCUUAGUUGAAGAG